CACAAGAAGUGGGUGAUGAGGACAGGCGGGAGAUUGCCUCCGUGCGGGAUGGAGACCUGCAGGGGGGCUGGAGCUUUGCGUGUUAUUGUGGGACAAGACCCCUUUGCUCACAAGUGACUAACAAGUCUGAAAUCUAUUUUUCCUCUCUUUCCAUCCCUCAGGCUGGUAUAGAUGGAGAAAGCAUUGGGAACUGCCCGUUCUCCCAGCGUCUCUUCAUGAUCCUGUGGCUCAAAGGAGUUGUGUUCAACGUCACCACUGUUGACCUGAAAAGAAAGCCAGCUGACCUACACAAUCUGGCUCCUGGGACCCACCCACCUUUCUUGACUUUUAAUGGAGAAGUCAAGACAGAUGUUAACAAGAUUGAGGAAUUCUUGGAAGAGAUUCUUGCACCUCCAAAGUACCCCAAGCUGGCUGCUAAGCACCGGGAAUCAAACACUGCUGGAAUCGAUAUCUUCUCCAAAUUUUCUGCAUACAUCAAAAAUACCAAGCAGCAGGAUAAUGCUGCCCUUGAAAGAGGCUUGGUGAAGGCUCUGAAGAAGCUGGAUGACUAUCUGAGAACCCCUCUGUCAGAGGAGAUUGAUGCAGACAGCACUGAAGAGGAGAAAGUGUCUAAACGCAAGUUUCUGGAUGGAGAUGACCUGACUCUUGCUGACUGCAACCUUCUGCCCAAACUCCAUGUUGUCAAG